UGUUACUCAAAGUGUCAGUCAUUUCAGUCAUGAGGACGGUUUCAGCCUGGAUUCUGGAUGUUGUCUGUCUGUGAAAUAUACGCUGCAGAAACUGUGGAUAUUUACCAGAAACAGUCGUAUGUCUCUGCUAAGCCUGGUGAAGCCGUUACCCUUCAGUGCACACUGGCUGACCGUCAGAGUACUGAAGACGUGUUUUGGUACAAACAGCCAGUGGGACAAAUGCCUCAGGAGGUGGGCAUCAAGGGGGCAUUUAUGGAAGCAGUAUUUUCAUCACAUUUCAAAAACUCAAGCUUCAAACUGGAGAGAGUGGAGAACAGCGUUAGUCUGACUAUACCACACCCUACAAAAGACGACAAAGCGAUGUACUACUGUGGGAUAUCUGUGAUGAAGAUGAUCAAGUUUUCCACUGGAACAUUCUUAGCUAUUACAGAUCAUCAUAACUUAAACAUCUCAGUGCUCCAAACUCCAGUACGGUGGUCAGUUUCUCCAGGAGAGUCGGUCACUCUGCAGUGCACGGUCCUCUCUGAGAUCAGAGCAGCAGAUCUCCGAGUGCUCUGGUUCAGAGCUGCUGCAGGACAAUCCUUUCCUGAAAUCAUUUACACUCAUCAGAACAGCAGCAGCCGUCAGUGUGAGAUCAGCUCUUCUACAAGCUGCUGUCUGUAUGAGUUCUCUAAGAACAUCCUCGACCACAACCAUACUGGAACUUACUACUGCGCUGUGGCUGCUUGUGGGAAGAUCAUUUGGGGCAGUGGAUCAACUGUGGAAACAGGCAGCUCACUCUGUGCCUCAACAUUCAGCUCUACUUGUGAUGGGACUGGCUCUGGGUUUGUUUGCUGUCUAGAACGUCACACUGUGCUGCUUCUGUAUGAAGUGGAAAAUCUGUAAACACUGCCGAGGCAGUAAAUCUCACCCUGACACACACGAUCUCUCAAGACCAGGCGAGCUACAAGACCAGGACAAGAUGUUCCAGCUGUCAUCACAAGUGAAGGCGGCCUGUAGUUUGUUGGAUUCAGGGAGGAACUCUUGAGUGCCCACCUACUGGAGCAGAUUUGAAAAUGGAAGAAGAUGGUCAUUAGUAAUGUUUUGGUCAGGCCUUUGAAAAGACCCUUUGGGGUGGCAGGGAAUCAAGGAAAAAAAUGACAACAUGAAUGAAACAAUAACUUUCUUCACAGCAAAUUGAUUUUUCAAGAAAAAACAUUAUAAUAAUGUUAUAAGAGUUAAGAGUAAUGAACUCCAACUUGCUAAGCUAUAAUGUUACCAUCCACGCACUCUGAUAGCCGUAAGCUCUGUUUCUGCAGUGACUCUUGUGAAAAUCCCAAAUAUUUUACAAUAACAACUUGGUACACGAAAUAAACAGCAACCAGUUAUGGCUAGUUGUUUGGUCAUGACCACAUAA